CCAGAUCCACAGCUGACAGACCUCCAGAGUCCUCCAGAGCUCAGAAACCCUGCUGCUGGCAGCAUCUGUCCCUCUACCGAUCGAUCAAUCAACUGAUAGACUGAUCGAUCAGAUCCCAGGCCGAUGUCAAACUGAACUCCGGCUCUUCUCUGGUUCAGUGUGGUUUCUGUCGAGAUGCCGGUCCAGAUCCCGGACGACUCAGACUUCUCCUCAUUCAAAGACCAGUGCCUGAGUGUGGACGGAUGGGUCAGCCGCUACAACAAGGGUGGAGUGACGGUGUGGUGCCGCGAGGAGGAGAGCCGGAGCGUCCAGAAGCUCAAGAUGAGGAUAGUGUGUAAGGAUGUGACGGCGGAGACGCUGUACGACGUCCUCCACGACACCAGCUACCGCAAGAAGUGGGACACCAACAUGAUUGACACGUACGACAUCGGCAGGCUGACCGCCAACGCCGACAUCGGAUAUUACUCCUGGAAAUGUCCCAGUCCUCUGAAGAACAGAGACUUUGUGACGAUGAGAUCUUGGCUUCCUCUCGGCAACGACUACCUGAUCAUCAACUACUCCGUCAAACACCCACAACACCCUCCUAAGAAGGACUACGUCCGAGCCGUGUCCCUGCUGACCGGAUACCUGAUCCAGUCCAACGGAGCCAACUGUUCCACCCUCUACUACCUGACCCAGGUGGACCCCAAAGGUUCGUUACCGAAGUGGGUGGUGAACAGAGUCUCUCAGUUUGUGGCUCCAAAGGCCAUGAGGAAGAUCUACAAGGCGUCUCUGAAGUAUCCGGACUGGAAGAGGAAGCACAACCCCAACCUGAAGCCGUGGAUGUUUCCGGAGCAGAACUCGCUGCCAUGCAUGAGCGUGUCGGAGCUGACGGUGCAGCGAGCCGACUCUCUGGAGAACAUCGACGAGAGCGGCCUGAGCGAGGAGAAGACGCACCACAGCGACGACGAAGAGACUUAAAGGAGACGGACGCCUGUCACUGUGUGCUGGUUGGUUUGUUUGUCAGACUGAUGGGACCAGACUCCAGCUGGAUUCUGACUGUUUUUAGCUCACAAUUCUCCUCAGUUCAACUCUUUGGUUCAGUCUGUAAAUGUUCAGUGUGUUUCAGAUUCAUAUUCGUUUACUUCAUUAAAGUCUCUACAGGUGUUUCCAGGUGUUCUGCUCUCAGGUUAGAAAAAGGACAGUGACAGUUAACAGAGUGUCUGCAGGGAAGUCUAAUAUCCAAUAAUUGAAAGGAAGCAGCGUGGGAUCAUGGGAGUUGUUUCCUUCCCCACCAUUGGCGUCAUUGCAGUCAGCUUCUCCCGGUUAGGAUUCCUUCAGUGUUCAUGGUUCAGGAGGUUUCUACCGGGAGCCCAAUGAUCCACAGAGGUCUCCUCCUCUCCAAAACAAACAGACCCGCUGAUUAAAACCACUUAAAACACUGAAUAAAGCAGUUCCACCUUAACAAUCACUGCUUCUCCCACGCUGUUGGACAGACAGAGGAUGUCCUGGAGGGGCUGCCAAAAACAUAAAACACACUGAGAAAGUUUCUCAUCAUCUUGAGCUAAGUCAGUAUUUACAUAAUAUACAGUUCCAUGGAGGCAAAACUAUAGAUCAGCAGAGCAGCUCACGUCUUAUGAGGAAUCUGAAUCCAGUUAGUUAAUUAAUCCACAUUAUAGGACCGUAAUUUAACAUGUUCAGCACAGAUAUUAAACACAGAUGAGGGUAUUUCAUUCAGGUGCACAGUCACGUGUUCAUGUUUCUAACAGCUGGAGUCACUAUAAGCAGCCAUUCAGCCAAAAGUCACCAGUCAUACACCAAUAAUAUCCUUCAAAUAUUAAUAAUCUGUGAACUAUAUGAGCUGAAAGAAACACAAUAAACCCUCCGACCAGCAGGGGGCAAUAAGACCUGCAAGAGAGAGAAUAAAAGGACAGAUGUCUCUGGGUUUGAACAUAUUAUAGAUUCCAGCUUUUAAAAACCGACAUAAAACAAAUACUUUGUUCUUUAUCUUCCUUUUGGACGUAAUAUAGUUCUGAAGAUGCUUCGAAAAAGGCUCUUCAAAAGGUCGUAAUUCAACCUGCUUUAAGUCUGACAUUGUGAGGAAUAUUUCCUGUUUUAAAUUCUCUUUCAUUAUCAGAUUAUUAUUAUUAUUAUUAUUGUUGUUGUUAUUGUUAUUAUUAGUCUGAGUGUGAGUGUUUAAGUUCUUCUUGUUGAAUGAAAGUCUUAUUGUUGGUUUGCUCAUUAUUCUUUAAUAUGCGUGCCUGCAGCGCCCUCCAAGGGGCAGAUAACCUCACUACAGCCUGGACUAAUGAAUCGAUCCUGAUCUUAUCAUCAUAUUGAUUAAUGGCUGUGAGCUGAGUCUGAAGUUUGUUCAAAAGAUUCUCUUUUCCUCAAUAAAGUUAAUAUUUUUCUGUCAA